AUGCCAGAAACAGCAAACGGUAUGCGAACGACGAUGAAAGAAAACAAAGCCACUCCUACGGAAGUCUCAAUUCCGGGAAGUCAAAGCAGCGGAACCUCCGCCGUCACACCUCAAAUCAACAAGAGACUUGUUGCCGUUCCAGAAGGCGGCUCCAACACCAUGUCUGACCACACGUGGCACCCGAAAUAUCAAGUUCAGGUCCUUUUCAAGAAGAUCGGGCCUGAUCCGCUGACGACCGUACGAGGCCUGUCUUCUGUGUCGGAAAUCUACUUCCACAUCUUAAAGAAAAGGCUGCAUUGUAUUGGGAUAUGCCGAAAGAACGAGUUCGAACUUUUCCGCGUCUACCCGGGUGACGUUAUACGACUUCUACGCAAAUUGGGUGUUCCAGACGAAUAUGUCACAAUUGCCUGA